AUGGGCUGCACUCCUUCACGUAGUGAUAUUGCUAACCAUCAUGUGAAACAUGGUGUCCUGCCAGCUGAUUUGGAAAGGGAAGGUUUCUCACUUCCACUGCUGAUCAAAAGUUCUUCCUCUUACGAUACUGAAGAAUUUUGUCAGGAAGAGACUCAAGUUAAAGAUAACUUGCUUGGAAAUUCAUCAGAUGAGGAUAAAAAUGUUAACUUCUGUUCCUCAUUUGAGGAUCCUUCACUACCUGAGCUUGACCAGGAACAAAAGGAAGUUGAAAGAACAGUAUCUGAGAAUGAGAUAGCCAUCACUGAAUUAAUAGAGUCUGAUAAACAAAAGGCAGAGGGUAGUAAGAUAAAGAAUCAGGACUCUUGCACAUCAGAAAAAAAUAGUGCUACCUUGGAAGACAGAAAUGAAAGUAGUGAAAAGCAAAACCUGAAGAAAGGGAAAAAACAAAAGAAUAGUAGGCAAGGAAAACAAGGUCGUCAUUUGAAAACAAAAGAGAAAUCUACUCCACCUGUGGUUGAGAAGAAAGUGGAUUUCCCAGAUCUGCUUGUUAAGGCUCAUCAAAAUGCAUAUGCCUAUCUUAAUCCCAACCUUUCAAAAUACGAAGUUAUUUUGUGUAUGGCCAACCAGGCUACUGAAACGCAGCUAAUAAUGCAGCAAAUGGUGAGCUUUUUACUAUUUCGGUUUGAUGAAAUCAAUCAUCUUUUGGAAGAAAUUACCAAUGACGGAGAAGAUUUGCUCAAAGAAGUGGGAGGGCACCUGGCUUGGCCAGCGGGCAAAGGGAACUCAAAAGAGAAACCAGAUCUCUUACAGCAGUUGCUACAAUACACAGUCAACAAAAUGCAGGUGCUAAAUGGAACUGUGGCUUCCUUGACCUCUUAUGCCCUUCAGGAUUCUUGUAGCUUUUUACAGUCUGCUGGUAACAACUUAGAAGAAAAACUGAAAGCAAAACAUGCUUUUGACGAACGUUUGCUCAGGAUAAUAAAGCUUCUUGAAGCAUCAGCAGUUGGGGCUACUCAUGCUCAGCCUGAGGAUAUGCCUCUUUAUUCUGAAGACAGUGGAAUAGGUAUAGACAGUGAAUCAGUCAAAGACUUGAAUUUCAUUGAUAAGCACGGAAUGCAUGCAGAUUUUGAUUCUUGUCUGCAUGUUCAUCAAUCUCUAAAUCAGAGCAGGACAUCAGAAGAAAAACAGUGGCCAUGCCGCUCGGUAUUUAACACAAGCAGGUCCCACGUCUGUGCACUAGAAAAACAAUUUAAGGAUAUUUUUUACCCACCAGCUCAUACAAAGAAUUUAAUGCCUUCUUCUUCAGAAGUAAUACUAGAAAAUACAGCCACCAAUCCCUAUAAUGAAAACAUCAUCAAAACUCCUUCUCUUCACCCUGUGCAUUGUGGCGCCACUCAUGAUGAUGAUUGUUUCAAAGAGUGUGCAUCACUGAAUGCAUCUUCCACUAAUGAAGACAGUGACAAUAGCUGCUCUGAAGAAGAAAGUGACAGCGUAUCUCUGUCUGCAGCAUCAGAUUAUAAACAGAAGAUUUCCAACAAAAGGAUAGAUAGCCCAGAGAAUGAGGAGAUUAUACUCAAAAUGAAAGAUGCGAUUAGUGGAAAGAUCAAAUUUGUCCCAACUAAAUCUGGAAAGAAGGAAUGGGUGGAAGAGGACAAUGGAAAAGGAUCACUGCGUCCUAGAACAGCAGCAAGAAGCCAGAAGUCUCAUGUGAAACAAAGAAGGUCUAGAUCUGAGGAAUCUCUCAAAAGUCAUGGUGAGGACCCAACUCUUCUGGAACUUCAAAGAACUCAGAAGGGGCUCAGCAAAAGGUUGGAGAUGUUUUACACACUUAAUGGAGAAAAGGAUGCAUUGGUAUCCCUGAACCGAAAAGAACCAUCUGACUUGCAGGAUUUUGAGCAUGUUACUCAUAGGUCAUCCACAAAUAAACUAAAGGCAUCUCUUGCUAAAAACUUCAAUAUAUUGCCCAAUCAAGAUAAAGUCCCAUUGUUUAGACAGGAUCAAAAUGCUAUCUGCCAACUACCUGAUGAAAGGAAAGGUAGGAAGCAUAUCACAACAGCACCAUGCUCAGUGGAUCUCGCAUCCAGAAAAGAAAAUGAGCCCCCUGGGACACAGAAACUGAAUCGCGUUGAUUGUGCUCCACCUCGUAAAUCUGUUAAGAAAUUGAUUGAAACCUUCAGCCCCACGGAUAAUCUUGCAAAGCCUUCAGGUUUAAGAACCCUGGGCCCAAUAAAAUGUAUCAGAAAAUUUGGACUUCCAAGCAUUACUCCUAAUCUACCACUUCCUAGAGGGCUUGUGCCUUUGAAUCACAAACAUAGGAUUUCACCAUUAGGAGAAAUAAAUUGCAGAGACUUCAGUUUGUCACGCUGUCGUUUGGGUUCUGCUGAUUCACCCAUACCAGCAAGUGGAAGUGAGGCAAAUGAGGAUUCAGAUGAAGAUGGCAUGGAAAACUUGCCUCCACCACCUCCUGAGAUGUUAAUAGACACUUCAUCUGAUUCAAAUGUGUCUUCAGAAGGUACAGAGAGAGAGAACAAGGAUUCGGGAAUUACCCCAAACACUGCCAAGAGGAAUGAGUAUUGCACCAAUAAGAAAAGUAUUCAAAUUUCUGCACGAAUGAAAGCUUCCCUAUGUUCCAUUGACUUGUUACCAAGUAAGAACCUCGGUGGUCCCAAUCUCAGUGCCAACAAAGCAACAAAAAACACUGAGGGGGAUGCAACAGCAAAGAAACAUUCCCUUGAGCUGAAUUCUACCCAUAUGCCUGACUGCCAUGAGGAGAUCUUAUUAGCAUCCAGAAGGGAUCAGGAAAUGGAAGAAAAAACUGUAGAUCUGCAUAAGCAGUCCCAUAAAAUAAUACCUCUACAAAAUCUUACUGAAAUACCAGAAGAUAAUGGAGAUAAUGUAGGCAGCAAAGAAUGUCCUACACCAUUUGCUUUGACUCAGAAAAGGAGCUCUCCUGAUGCAUUCAGGAAAAAUGAGAAUGCAACAGGUUUUAUCAGACGAGUGUCUCCAGCAAGAACACCACCUGCAUCACCUCCCAAUGAGAAAAGACUCCCAAGCCCAUCACAACUUCACAGGCACUUUAAGCAAGCCUCUUUCUCUACUACUUCUCGACAGCCUAGUCCGCCUUCUAACUCCAAGGUACCAAGCCCUCCAGCAGAAAGGAAGGUGCCUUCGCCACCUACCCAACAAAACCUAUCCAGCCCUCCGAUGACACGCAAACAGCAAAGCCCACCAGUUCGUCGGAAACUGUCCAGUCCACUAGCCCACCGGAAAGAAGCAACCCCACCUCCUUUCUCAGCUACCCCAUCCCCACCUGCUUCCCCAUCUCGAUUACACAAAGCAUUACAGAGCAAAAUUGACUCCGGGGAUGAGCAGCAACCUGCCUCCCUGAAGAUUGUCAGCAAUGCAGGCUCAAUAUUUUGUCCAGUUACAGCCUCUUUAUUUGAAGCUAAACCAGUGAUGCCGACCAACAGUUUCACAACAGGGACUCUUGUGAGCCAUCCUGAAGCUAUCCUUGCAACAUUUGUACGGAGGAGCAGUGCCCAACUGGAGCACUAUGGGAACCAACAGAGGAAAGUUUCUUUCAGUGCUUCAAUCCCACAGCCUUUUGUAAGGAGAAGCGCCUCUGACCGCAGGCCAGGAUUACAGAUUCCAGUACCAUUGUUUGCUGCAUCUGGAAGUGAACCUGUGCUCAGUCAAAUAAGGUAA